CAGAAACCAUUUCUAAUAUGUUUCUCAUCUGUUACACUGAUGUCACCAUGGGUUCUUAUGUUAUGGGUGAAAACAAUCCAAGCAAUUUAUUUAUUCAAGAAAACUAAUAAUUUACCUUGUGUACCUCAAAGAACAAAUCCAACAUCCUCUAUGCUUUAGAUAUGCUUUUGUGAAACAGUUCUGCAGAUCCAAUCACUGCAGUUUGCUAAACCAGUCUAUGAGGGACAGCUGACACCCAACUAACAAGGCGAGUUGUGUGAUUUUCUUGUCUCUGCGGUCUUCUCAGCUGCAAAAGUCACGUGAUUUUUAGCUAACUAUCUCAGAGCUUCCUUUAAUCUUUCACUACAUUCACUGUCACUCAGAGAGCAAGACGUUUACCCUCCUAGAAAUGCCAAACAAGGAGCAGCAGAGGAGCUGUGAUGGACCAUUCUUGAAUUUGCAUUGGAAUUACUUGAAAUAACUUCAGCAGCAAAUACAAAUUAGGAAAAAAGUAGACCGUUCUUCUUAAUCCUGCCUGGAUUUCAAACCCAACUAACUAAACAAGCAGAAGAAACAAACAGAAGCUGUGAGGGCGCCAAACAAGAGCGUUGACCUGUGACCAUCUGAGCCUCAAGAUAAAUGGCGGACAAGCAGAUCAGUUUGCCUGCCAAAUUGAUCAAUGGGGGGAUCGCUGGCCUGAUUGGAGUGACCUGUGUCUUUCCCAUUGACUUGGCUAAGACUCGCCUGCAAAACCAGCAAAAUGGAUCCCGCCUUUACACCAGCAUGUCAGAUUGCCUUAUUAAGACCAUUCGGUCAGAAGGGUAUUUUGGGAUGUACCGAGGAGCUGCUGUGAACUUAACCCUGGUAACGCCAGAAAAAGCCAUCAAAUUGGCUGCAAAUGACUUCUUCAGGCAGCACCUCUCCAAAGAUGGAAAACUCACUCUGGUCAAAGAGAUGCUGGCUGGCUGUGGGGCUGGAACAUGCCAGGUUAUUGUAACAACUCCUAUGGAGAUGCUGAAAAUCCAGCUCCAGGAUGCUGGAAGGAUUGCUGCUCAGAGGAAACUCAUGCCAGAGACGGUUGCAGCUGGAACCGUGGAGACAAAGUCCCCCACAGCCAUGCAGCUCACCAGGCAGCUACUGCAGGAAAAGGGCAUUGCUGGGCUUUAUAAGGGCCUUGGUGCCACUCUGCUCAGGGACGUUCCCUUUUCCAUCAUCUAUUUUCCUCUUUUUGCCAACCUGAACAACAUUGGUAAAAAAGACGUGGAUGGCCCCGCUCCUUUUUAUGUCUCGUUUAUAUCAGGCUGCCUCGCGGGGAGCACGGCAGCCGUCGCUGUCAACCCCGUUGAUGUAAUAAAGACCAGACUGCAGUCCCUGAACAGAGCUAGCACAGAAGACACAUACAGUGGAGUGACUGACUGCAUAAGGAAAAUCAUGCGCAACGAAGGCCCGUCAGCUUUCCUGAAGGGGGCGUAUUGUCGAGCCCUGGUCAUCGCCCCUCUGUUCGGUAUCGCCCAGGUGAUCUACUUCCUGGGCGUCGGGGAAUUUAUCCUCAGCUUCAUGCCUAAAAAACACGACUAAAGAGCACAUCCUCUUUGCCUUUUCCCCUUCCACGGUGCAUCAUUUUAUCCACCCAUAGAAUCCUUUUAUCCCAGUCAUUCCUUGACCAAUCCGUAGGCUUUCAUUUAGUUGUGUUGAAUGUUCAAAAAAAGUUCAGGAAGGAGCCUUUGUUAGCCAAGAUGCCUGCAGUGGCCCACACCGUUUCCAGGAUGCUCCCUGGAAAAGAAGCCACGAAUACCCAGUUGAACAUCUUAAAGGAAUAUUUGACAUUUUAUUGCUGUUUUCCUUAUUUCUUUUCAUUUUAAACAUGUGAAUGUUGGGUUUUCACAGUAGAUGUACCCCCCCUUUUCUGCUGCCCUUCUGCACCAAGACAUGAAAUCAUCAAGCUUUUGAAUUCUUUUAAUCCCACAGGAGGCGAGCCUAUUCAGUUUGAAAUAAUAAUUUGAAAGGAAAUUGUAUAUGAAGAGCACAGUUUUCACUUAGAAAGAUAUUUAAACAUAAAAGUUCUAGUGGAAAAUUAAAAAAAAAAGAUCAAGACUCUAUGUCUUAAAAAUAAUCAAACACAAUGAACUUAAGAAAUGUGUUUUAUGCUGAAAAGUGUUGAUGUGAUACCAGCAGAAUCUUAGUCAUCCAUCGUGAGAACCACUUUCCUUCCUGUACAGGAAAUGGUUCUAAUGUAGCCACCUCAAGCAGACUUUGAUUACUUUGGCUUUUAAAGUAGAUCAGGUUUCAUUUGAGAUUUAAGAGCUACCACAAUCUUUUGACGUCUCGACUUCCUGGUUUCCCCUCAGGCUAAAGCUGUGAUGUGCGAUGUUUUGUCUGCAGACAACACAGUCCCAAUUGUUGAAGUCUGAUGCAGAAUCGCACAGAAAGCAUCUGUGGGGCAAAACUGGUCCGAUUCUAAUCAGUGUGGUCAUAGAGGGGGGGUUACAUUCAUGGCUGCUGUGACAAAGAAAUAGCUUGUGUCCAUUUUUCUGUAUUUACAAAAUAGAGCUUGAAGUCAUCUGGUGGAAUUAAGUAUCUUAAACUUAUAUCUAAAAAUGGUGAGAACAGUCAUCCAGUGUGAUGCAAAUACAUCUAAAGUCCUUUUAGACCAUUUACAGACAGAAAUAUUUAUGUUUACAGAUGGGGUCUUACUUCUUUUUAAUGCUUUGUCCAAACUUGAAUUCAGUGACAGGACCCAAAGAGCUAAUGAAAAUCUCUGCGUAUCAGAAGAUCAAACCUUUGUUGUUGUAAGCGUCGUGUGAUUUCUCUUUACCAAACCCUCUCUGCUUCGUUUGCUUUGGAGGUUUUGUUUGCUUUAAGCGGCCACUGCCGUAUCUUGUUGAUGUAUCACAACAACGCCGAAACCUUGCCAUGGCUUUAUCUCACCACAGAUCAAGGUGACCUUGAUGAGUAGAAUCCAAUCAGAUUCCUUCCUUUUGCUCCCCACCGGUCAAGCAGUGGGGCUGCUUUGUUGACACUCAUAGCAACUUUGUGGUCGGGAGGGAAUUUCAUUUAUCAAUAUUCCUUUCUGCUCAUCAAAAAAAAGCACUAUAUAUUUGUAGCUGUCUGAUUUUUUUUUUGUGUCAAACUGUCCACCUGAAUUUUAUUGUACAUAUGCAGAUGAUGUGAAAUGUGUUCUUGUUUUUCGUAAACUAUGGCUUAUUUGCACACCUACCUCUCCCCUUCCUCUCAAAUGUUAUGUUCAGUGUGGGGAUACAGAAGGAAGGAGCAAAAGCUCGUCCAAUGAUGUGAACUCAAAUGCAAUGUGAUGUUUUUUUUUGUUGUUUUUUUUUAACGUAUGCCAACAGCGGCGAGGUCUUAGGUUGCUUUUGGAGACGCCAUUUUCUCCAGAGCUUUUAGUUAACUAAUGAGUAAAUUAAUCACAGGACCAAAAAAAAACAAAAAAAAAUCUUAAUGCUGAUAGGAGGGCAGUUUGAAGUGUAUGAUUUAUAAAAAGGACAUGAAAUGUAAACGGUUGACAGGCAGGCUGAGUGGAUUUAAGGUGGAAUCAGUCUGUCUUUUUGGUGCCGCCUCUUUAAGGCAAAAGCAGAAACUGAAAGCCAUAGUUCAGGGAGGGGGCAGUUACUUACACCUCCAACUAUGAUGGAACUACAGGCCAGUUUUAAAGAAUCUGGGGGGAAAAAAGGCCCACCUAGCUCCACUUUAUAAAUGACUAUAGCGUUUUGUUGAUGAUCCAACUUGGUUUCAUAAAUGCUGUGCUUGUGAUCACGAUGCCUUUGUGUUGUUGACAUUUUGGUUUUCCAGUCCUUCCACUUCUCCCUCUGUCUGUCACAGAGUCUUUUUAUCCGAUUUUUGCUUUUAUUGUUAAAUUUUCAUAUAAAUGGUUUCUCCUCAGCUGUGCUUUUUACCAACUUUGUGCAUUGGGUUAUGUGUGUGUGUGUCUGAUUGUGUAGUGCUGUAGUUAACGUGCAGUUGUUAGUGACGCUGCAGUAUUUUUCUCUUUGCUUUUUUGCUGGGUGUAUUUGUUGCAAUCACGUGCAGUUUGCUCGGUCUGGAGUCUGUCGCUGCAGAAUGCUGGAUGCAGGUCAGCACAUGGGGGUGGGGGGGACAAAAAAAACCCACAAAAAGUUUGAUAUGGAGUGUAAAACAAUUUAAGCAAGCACAAAAGAAUGACUUCACGUGAGAGAAUACUUUGAAAAUCACUGGAAGCCCGUGUGCUGACUUGCAGACAUGAAUUAUUUCUGUCAAAACGUUUUUCAUUUCUUUUAUCCACAUGGUAAAACCAUAGGGCUGAGACUUUCUGGUCAUUAUAAAAGCCACAAGAGAGAUGUUACCCAACAUCUGUUGGACACAAAAAAUGUAGAACCCGUACAUAAUCUAUGUGAAUCAAAUAUAAGAAUGUAAUGUAGAUAUUAAGAAAUGUAUUCCAGUUAAAGUGAAGAGUUUAUUCAAUUUUUAAUCUCGUGCUUUACACAUUCACUGAGGAAUUAAUGACCCAGAUCACUGCUAUGCAACAAAUCAAGGCCGCAGACAACGCUAAACACAACAGUCAACAACAACUCGUAUGACCAAUGCAACUGGGGGAGCUUGGAGGUCUUUUUGGGAUUUGAGUUCACCUCAAGCCCCUUAGUUUUCUUCCUCCAAGAGGAAAUGUGCAAGACGCACUUUAAAUCAAGAACCCCCUGCUUUCCACUUACAGAGUCUGUGUGACAUGGCGGGUGUUAGUGAGUACACGUGGUGGGUGACGGUUGUUCUGGAAACGCCAUGUUAAACAAUAUUAUUGUGUUCUCUGUCACAAUUUGCUGUUCAAUAAACUGACUGUCCUUUGAA